AUGCGCGCCUUCGUGUGCAUGCUUCUGGCGGCCUUGGCCGUGGCAGUGAGUGGCCAGUUCGAUACGCACCAGUGGGGCGAUCGAAGCGGCAUCGUCCAUCUGUUCGAGUGGAAGUGGAACGACAUUGCGCGCGAGUGCGAGUCCUUCCUGGCCCCGAAGGGAUAUGCGGGCGUGCAGGUGUCGCCCCCGACGGAGAACGCUGUCGUCUGGAGUCCGCGCCGUCCGUGGUGGGAGCGCUACCAGCCGAUCUCGUACGGUCUGACCACCCGCUCGGGCAAUGAGGGCGAGUUCGCGGACAUGGUCCGUCGCUGCAAUGCGGUCGGUGUGCGCAUCUACGUCGAUCUGGUCAUCAACCAUAUGGCCGCUAUCAGCACCAACGGUGGAACCGGUGGAUCGCAGGCGAAUGCCGGUGCCAUGUCCUUCCCGGCCGUGCCGUACGGAGCGAACGACUUCAACACGCCCUGCUCGAUCUCGAACUACAACAACCCGAUCGAGGUGCGCAACUGCCAGCUGGUGGGAUUGCCCGAUCUGAACCAGGGCAACAACUGGGUCCGCGACAAGAUCGUCGAGCUGAUGAACAAGCUCAUCGGACUCGGUGUCGCUGGUUUCCGUGUGGACGCCGUCAAGCAUAUGUGGCCCGGCGAUCUGCAGGCCAUCUACAGCCGCAUGAACAACCUGCCGACCAGCCAUGGAUUCCCUCCGAAUGCUCGCCCCUUCAUCACGCAGGAGGUCAUCGAUUUGGGCGGUGAGGCGAUCAGCAAGAACGAGUACACGCACCUCGGUACGGUGACGGAGUUCCGCUUUUCGGCCGAGAUCGGCAAGGCGUUCCAUGGACGUAACUCGCUCCGAUACCUCAGCAACUGGGGUCCCGCUUGGGGCUUCCUGGAGUCGCAUUUGGCCCUGGUGUUCGUCGACAACCACGACAACCAGCGUGGACACGGUGCCGGCGGUGCCGACGUCCUCACGCACAAGGUGCCCAAGAACUACAAGAUGGCCUCGGCGUUCAUGCUGGCGCAUCCGUUCGGAAUCCCGCGCGUCAUGAGCUCGUUCUUCUUCAACGAUGGAGACCAGGGACCGCCCUCGGAUGGCGAUGGUAACCUGAGCUCGCCGAUCAUCAACGCGGACGACUCGUGCGGCGGUGGCUGGGCGUGCGAGCACCGGUGGCGUCAGAUCUACAACAUGGUCGGCUUCCGUAAUGCGGUCGCCGGUACCGGACUGAACGACUGGUGGGACAACGGCAACAAUCAGAUCGCUUUUUGCCGUGGCGGACGUGGUUUCGUGGCCUUCAACUUGGAGGGUUACGACCUGAACCAGAACCUGCAGACGUGUCUGCCGGCCGGUACGUACUGUGAUGUGAUUUCGGGCAGCAAAUCCGGCAGCAGCUGUACUGGAGCCAGUGUCACCGUUGGAGGCGAUGGACGCGCCAACAUCUUCAUUUCCAGCAACGCUGAGGAUGGUGUCCUUGCUAUCCAUGCUAACUCCCGGCUGUAA